GUAUGCCCCAUUAUCCACACACACACACACUCACACACACAUACACACUCACACACACACUUUGCAUCAUCAAAACAUCCUUAACUGUUUCAGUAUUGUCAGACUGCUCUGCUGUAGAUCAUUACAAUGCAUCAUUAAUUAAUGAAGGUAUUCAGAAACUGCGAGACUCUUUGCAUCCUAAAUGGGCACGGAUGUUAACUUUUAGGCUGCCGUGGCUCGUGCAACAACAGCCGUAAACUUUAAAGCUACUCACCAUUUCAGCACACGUGGCUACCUGUCAGUUAGUCCUCCUGAAUUAGUGCACACAGACCACAGUGGGAGAGUUGUACACGGGACAGACAUGAGCUUUACCAUCGAGGAAAGGGGCAGGCCGAACACCCAGGAGUACAGGGUGUUUUUCAAAAACUCCGAGGGUAAAUACAUCUCUCCAUUCCAUGAUAUACCGAUCUACGCAAAUGAGGCAGAGAAUAUUUUUCACGCCGUUGUGGAGGUUCCAAGAUGGACAAAUGCAAAGAUGGAGAUUGCCACCAAAGAUCCCCUCAACCCACUGAAGCAAGAUAUAAAAAAGGGGAAUCUUCGUUAUGUAGCAAAUGUGUUUCCCCACAAAGGUUAUAUCUGGAAUUACGGAGCUAUUCCACAGACGUGGGAAGACCCCAACCACAAGGACGGCGACACAGGAUGCUGCGGAGACAAUGAUCCCAUUGAUAUAUGUGACAUAGGAAAUAAGGUGUGCUCUCGAGGAGAAAUAAUCAAAGUCAAGGUGUUGGGAACUCUGGCUCUGAUAGAUGAGGGUGAAACAGACUGGAAGGUCAUUGUGAUCAAUACCGAGGACCCUGAAGCCGGGGACUUUAACAAUAUCGAUGAUGUUAGAAGACUCAAGCCUGGAUACCUGGAAGCGACUUUCGACUGGUUCAAAAGAUACAAAGUCCCAGAUGGGAAACCUGAAAACCAGUUUGCUUUCGAUGGACAGUUCAAGGACAGGGACUUUGCUAUUGAAACAGUGAAGAGCACUCAUGAGUUUUGGAAAGCACUGAUCUCUCAGAAAACCAACGCUGGUGAACUAAAUUGCAUGAACACCAGCGUCUCCGAUAGUCCGUUCUGCACCUCUGCUGGGGACGCUGAGACUGUGGUUAAUUCUGCAUCUGCUUUUGGAGCUGAAGAUCCCAUUCCAAGUUCAGUUGACAAAUGGUUCUACUAUGAGAAGUAAGAAGAAAAUCCUGGGCAGAAAACCAUUCCUGCCUUCACUUCUUUCUUCUUUCAGCUGAUUUCACCACCAUCUAAGCAGCAUAUGAACUUGACAGAUUGGAUGUACAUUUUAUGUCACAUUUCACAUGUUUCUUCGUUCAAACUUGGGUGUCAAAACUGCUCAUUGUGUGAUUAUGGUACAUAAUAAACUUCAGAUCCUGUGAAAGCAUUUUAAUGCUGUUUCA